UCGUGGCCUCGCGAGUGCGCCUGCGCGAGCCCCGGACUCGAAGCAGCCAUGAUGCAGGAAGGCCUGGAUGACGGCCCCGACUUCCUCUCGGAGGAAGACCGCGGACUUAAAGCAAUAAAUGUAGAUCUUCAAAGUGAUGCCGCCCUGCAAGUGGACAUUUCGGAUGCUCUUAGUGAACGGGAUAAAGUCAAAUUUACUGUUCACACAAAGAGUUCAUUGCCAAAUUUUAAACAAAAUGAAUUUUCAGUCGUUCGACAACAUGAGGAAUUCAUCUGGCUACAUGAUUCCUUCGUUGAAAAUGAAGACUAUGCAGGUUACAUUAUCCCACCAGCACCACCGAGACCUGAUUUCGAUGCUUCCCGGGAAAAACUGCAGAAGCUCGGAGAAGGGGAAGGGUCGAUGACAAAGGAGGAGUUCACGAAGAUGAAGCAGGAGCUGGAAGCUGAAUAUCUGGCAAUUUUCAAGAAGACAGUUGCAAUGCAUGAGGUGUUCCUGUGUCGUGUGGCAGCGCAUCCUAUUUUGAGAAAAGAUUUAAAUUUCCACGUCUUCUUGGAGUAUAAUCAGGAUUUGAGUGUUCGAGGAAAAAACAAAAAAGAAAAGCUUGAGGAUUUUUUUAAAAACAUGGUUAAAUCAGCAGAUGGAGUGAUUGUUUCAGGAGUAAAGGACGUAGACGACUUCUUUGAGCAUGAACGAACAUUCCUUUUAGAAUAUCAUAACCGAGUCAAGGACGCAUCUGCGAAGUCUGACAGGAUGACAAGAUCUCACAAAAGUGCUGCUGAUGAUUACAAUAGAAUUGGGUCUUCAUUAUAUGCUUUAGGAACUCAGGACUCUACAGAUAUAUGCAAGUUUUUCCUCAAAGUUUCAGAACUAUUUGAUAAAACAAGAAAAAUAGAGGCCCGAGUGUCUGCUGACGAGGACCUCAAGCUCUCUGACCUGCUAAAGUACUACUUACGGGAAUCUCAAGCAGCUAAGGACCUCCUCUAUCGAAGGUCCAGGUCCCUGGUGGACUAUGAAAAUGCCAAUAAAGCCCUGGACAAGGCCAGAGCGAAAAACAAAGAUGUUCUACAGGCAGAGACUUCCCAGCAGUUGUGCUGUCAGAAGUUUGAGAAAAUCUCUGAAUCUGCAAAACAAGAACUGAUAGAUUUUAAGACAAGAAGAGUUGCUGCAUUCAGAAAAAAUUUAGUGGAACUUGCAGAACUAGAACUAAAGCAUGCAAAGGGCAACCUCCAGCUGCUGCAGAACUGCCUUGCUGUUUUAAAUGGAGACACCUAGGCCACACCCCGCCUUCUGUUGAAAAGGGCUGCCUUCAAAUCUCGUUAUUUUCUUGAUGACAUCUAAACUCACUGGGAACAACAGAUCAGCUGGCACCAUGCAUCGGCUCUUCUUCUGAGAGACAAUGGAGUGGCAGGGCUCACCGGCCGCAGGGCAGCGUCUGCCACCCCGCACUUGACCUUCCGAGAAGCCCAAAGUUCAACUUCCUCUUUUCUUUAAGUAGCCUGUCUUAACUGUGUUUAUUUCGUGCGUAGCGAUCUUGUGGCUGCCAGCCUUAUUUACCUCUCGAUCACUUGUCCAGUUCUAACAUUCUCAAGAGUCCACUGUUCACACAAGAUAACAGUUGCCUUUCUGGAUUUUUUUUUUUUUUUUUUAAGCAUCCUGUGCCCUGCGUUCUUUCAUGUAUCCGUGUAAACAUCUUAAUGAGACUUACUUUGAAUUAAUGAAACGUAAAGUUUUGAGUCAGUUUUUGUGAGCUUUAUCAGUAUGGUCGAUCUCUGAAGAAAAACAGAUGCGUUCGUAUGUUUGCCUUAAACUUGUGAACUAAACCAAUAUUGUAAACCGCCCAGCGAUACCAGCGGCGUUUGAACUCCGAGCUCCUGUAUCGCUCUCUGGAAUUUGGGGUAGUGAUAAUAAAUCUACUCCAGUAUUAAGCUUUA